AUGACGGAUGGGGCAAGCACGUGGUGCGGAAGCGACCGAGACAGCGGCGGCAGCGGCGGAGGCAGCAACGUCGUUGCGAGCAGCAAAGGCCGGUGCUUGCACCCUAGGCCAGCGGCACAGGGCUGGCAAUACGUAGCGGGAGAGCCAAGUGUGUGGUGGCGCCCAAUAUGGAUGGAGGGGGUUCCUGGGGCAGCGGCAGGGGCAAAAGAAGCAGCAGAGGGCAGGCGGUGCGCAGCGGAAGGCAAGUGUGUGGUGCUGGCAUGGAAUGUGGAGGAAGAAUCUGGGACAGUGGAGGAGGUGCCUGGGACAGCUGUGGCAGGAGGGGCAGGUGGAACGGGAGGCAAUUGGGGCCGAGUGGAGAGUGAUUGGAGGGGCCGAGUGGAGAGUGAUUGGAGGGGCCGAGUGGAGAGUGAUUGGAGGGGCCGAUUGGAGAGUGAUUGGAGGGGCCGAGUGGAGAGUGAUUGGAGGGGCCGAGUGGAGAGUGAUUGGAGGGGCCGAGUGGAGAGUGAUUGGAGGGGCCGAGUGGAGAGUGAUUGGAGGGGCCGAUUGGAGAGUGAUUGGAGGGGCCGAGUGGAGAGUGAUUGGAGGGGCCGAGUGGAGAGUGAUUGGAGGGGCCGAGUGGAGAGUGAUUGGAGGGGCCGAGUGGAGAGUGAUUGGAGGGGCCGAUUGGAGAGUGACUGGAGGGGCCGAUUGGAGAGUGAUUGGAGGGGCCGAUUGGAGAGUGAUUGGAGGGGCCGAGUGGAGAGUGAUUGGAGGGGCCGAGUGGAGAGUGAUUGGAGGGGCCGAUUGGAGAGUGAUUGGAGGGGCCGAGUGGAGAGUGAUUGGAGGGGCCGAUUGGAGAGUGAUUGGAGGGGCCGAGUGGAGAGUGAUUGGAGGGGCCGAGUGGAGAGUGAUUGGAGGGGCCGAUUGGAGAGUGAUUGGAGGGGCCGAGUGGAGAGUGAUUGGAGGGGCCGAGUGGAGAGUGAUUGGAGGGGCCGAUUGGAGAGUGAUUGGAGGGGCCGAGUGGAGAGUGAUUGGAGGGGCCGAGUGGAGAGUGAUUGGAGGGGCCGAGUGGAGAGUGAUUGGAGGGGCCGAGUGGAGAGUGAUUGGAGGGGCCGAGUGGAGAGUGAUUGGAGGGGCCGAUUGGAGAGUGACUGGAGGGGCCGAUUGGAGAGUGAUUGGAGGGGCCGAUUGGAGAGUGAUUGGAGGGGCCGAGUGGAGAGUGAUUGGAGGGGCCGAGUGGAGAGUGAUUGGAGGGGCCGAGUGGAGAGUGAUUGGAGGGGCCGAGUGGAGAGUGAUUGGAGGGGCCGAUUGGAGAGUGAUUGGAGGGGCCGAGUGGAGAGUGAUUGGAGGGGCCGAGUGGAGAGUGAUUGGAGGGGCCGAUUGGAGAGUGAUUGGAGGGGCCGAGUGGAGAGUGAUUGGAGGGGCCGAGUGGAGAGUGAUUGGAGGGGCCGAGUGGAGAGUGAUUGGAGGGGCCGAUUGGAGAGUGAUUGGAGGGGCCGAGUGGAGAGUGAUUGGAGGGGCCGAGUGGAGAGUGAUUGGAGGGGCCGAGUGGAGAGUGAUUGGAGGGGCCGAGUGGAGAGUGAUUGGAGGGGCCGAUUGGAGAGUGACUGGAGGGGCCGAUUGGAGAGUGAUUGGAGGGGCCGAUUGGAGAGUGAUUGGAGGGGCCGAGUGGAGAGUGAUUGGAGGGGCCGAGUGGAGAGUGAUUGGAGGGGCCGAUUGGAGAGUGAUUGGAGGGGCCGAGUGGAGAGUGAUUGGAGGGGCCGAUUGGAGAGUGAUUGGAGGGGCCGAGUGGAGAGUGAUUGGAGGGGCCGAGUGGAGAGUGAUUGGAGGGGCCGAUUGGAGAGUGAUUGGAGGGGCCGAGUGGAGAGUGAUUGGAGGGGCCGAGUGGAGAGUGAUUGGAGGGGCCGAUUGGAGAGUGAUUGGAGGGGCCGAGUGGAGAGUGAUUGGAGGGGCCGAUUGGAGAGUGAUUGGAGGGGCCGAUUGGAGAGUGAUUGGAGGGGCCGAGUGGAGAGUGAUUGGAGGGGCCGAUUGGAGAGUGAUUGGAGGGGCCGAGUGGAGAGUGAUUGGAGGGGCCGAUUGGAGAGUGAUUGGAGGGGCCGAUUGGAGAGUGAUUGGAGGGGCCGAGUGGAGAGUGAUUGGAGGGGCCGAGUGGAGAGUGAUUGGAGGGGCCGAGUGGAGAGUGAUUGGAGGGGCCGAUUGGAGAGUGAUUGGAGGGGCCGAUUGGAGAGUGAUUGGAGGGGCCGAGUGGAGAGUGAUUGGAGGGGCCGAUUGGAGAGUGAUUGGAGGGGCCGAGUGGAGAGUGAUUGGAGGGGCCGAGUGGAGAGUGAUUGGAGGGGCCGAGUGGAGAGUGAUUGGAGGGGCCGAUUGGAGAGUGAUUGGAGGGGCCGAGUGGAGAGUGAUUGGAGGGGCCGAGUGGAGAGUGAUUGGAGGGGCCGAGUGGAGAGUGAUUGGAGGGGCCGAGUGGAGAGUGAUUGGAGGGGCCGAUUGGAGAGUGACUGGAGGGGCCGAUUGGAGAGUGAUUGGAGGGGCCGAUUGGAGAGUGAUUGGAGGGGCCGAGUGGAGAGUGAUUGGAGGGGCCGAGUGGAGAGUGAUUGGAGGGGCCGAUUGGAGAGUGAUUGGAGGGGCCGAGUGGAGAGUGAUUGGAGGGGCCGAUUGGAGAGUGAUUGGAGGGGCCGAGUGGAGAGUGAUUGGAGGGGCCGAUUGGAGAGUGAUUGGAGGGGCCGAUUGGCGAGUGAUUGGAGGGGCCGAUUGGAGAGUGAUUGGAGGGGCCGAGUGGAGAGUGAUUGGAGGGGCCGAUUGGAGAGUGAUUGGAGGGGCCGAUUGGAGAGUGAUUGGAGGGGCCGAGUGGAGAGUGAUUGGAGGGGCCGAGUGGAGAGUGAUUGGAGGGGCCGAUUGGAGAGUGAUUGGAGGGGCCGAGUGGAGAGUGAUUGGAGGGGCCGAUUGGAGAGUGAUUGGAGGGGCCGAUUGGAGAGUGAUUGGAGGGGCCGAGUGGAAGUGAUUGGAGGGGCCGAUUGGAGAGUGAUUGGAGGGGCCGAGUGGAGAGUGAUUGGAGGGGCCGAUUGGAGAGUGAUUGGAGGGGCCGAGUGGAGAGUGAUUGGAGGGGCCGAUUGGAGAGUGAUUGGAGGGGCCGAUUGGAGAGUGAUUGGAGGGGCCGAGUGGAGAGUGAUUGGAGGGGCCGAGUGGAGAGUGAUUGGAGGGGCCGAGUGGAGAGUGAUUGGAGGGGCCGAUUGGAGAGUGAUUGGAGGGGCCGAUUGGAGAGUGAUUGGAGGGGCCGAGUGGAGAGUGAUUGGAGGGGCCGAUUGGAGAGUGAUUGGAGGGGCCGAGUGGAGAGUGAUUGGAGGGGCCGAGUGGAGAGUGAUUGGAGGGGCCGAGUGGAGAGUGAUUGGAGGGGCCGAUUGGAGAGUGAUUGGAGGGGCCGAGUGGAGAGUGAUUGGAGGGGCCGAGUGGAGAGUGAUUGGAGGGGCCGAGUGGAGAGUGAUUGGAGGGGCCGAGUGGAGAGUGAUUGGAGGGGCCGAUUGGAGAGUGACUGGAGGGGCCGAUUGGAGAGUGAUUGGAGGGGCCGAUUGGAGAGUGAUUGGAGGGGCCGAGUGGAGAGUGAUUGGAGGGGCCGAGUGGAGAGUGAUUGGAGGGGCCGAUUGGAGAGUGAUUGGAGGGGCCGAGUGGAGAGUGAUUGGAGGGGCCGAUUGGAGAGUGAUUGGAGGGGCCGAGUGGAGAGUGAUUGGAGGGGCCGAUUGGAGAGUGAUUGGAGGGGCCGAUUGGCGAGUGAUUGGAGGGGCCGAGUGGAGAGUGAUUGGAGGGGCCGAGUGGAGAGUGAUUGGAGGGGCCGAUUGGAGAGUGAUUGGAGGGGCCGAGUGGAGAGUGAUCGGAGGGGCCGAUUGGAGAGUGAUUGGAGGGGCCGAUUGGAGAGUGAUUGGAGGGGCCGAUUUUAGAGUGAUUGGAGGGGCCGAGUGGAGAGUGAUUGGAGGGGCCGAUUGGAGAGUGAUUGGAGGGGCCGAGUGGAGAGUGAUCGGAGGGGCCGAUUGGAGAGUGAUUGGAGGGGCCGAUUGGAGAGUGAUUGGAGGGGCCGAUUGGAGAGUGAUUGGAGGGGCCGAUUGGAGAGUGAUUGGAGGGGCCGAGUGGAGAGUGAUUGGAGGGGCCGAGUGGAGAGUGAUUGGAGGGGCCGAGUGGAGAGUGAUUGGAGGGGCCGAUUGGAGAGUGAUUGGAGGGGCCGAUUGGAGAGUGAUUGGAGGGGCCGAGUGGAGAGUGAUUGGAGGGGCCGAUUGGAGAGUGAUUGGAGGGGCCGAGUGGAGAGUGAUUGGAGGGGCCGAGUGGAGAGUGAUUGGAGGGGCCGAGUGGAGAGUGAUUGGAGGGGCCGAUUGGAGAGUGAUUGGAGGGGCCGAGUGGAGAGUGAUUGGAGGGGCCGAGUGGAGAGUGAUUGGAGGGGCCGAGUGGAGAGUGAUUGGAGGGGCCGAGUGGAGAGUGAUUGGAGGGGCCGAUUGGAGAGUGACUGGAGGGGCCGAUUGGAGAGUGAUUGGAGGGGCCGAUUGGAGAGUGAUUGGAGGGGCCGAGUGGAGAGUGAUUGGAGGGGCCGAGUGGAGAGUGAUUGGAGGGGCCGAUUGGAGAGUGAUUGGAGGGGCCGAGUGGAGAGUGAUUGGAGGGGCCGAUUGGAGAGUGAUUGGAGGGGCCGAGUGGAGAGUGAUUGGAGGGGCCGAUUGGAGAGUGAUUGGAGGGGCCGAUUGGCGAGUGAUUGGAGGGGCCGAUUGGAGAGUGAUUGGAGGGGCCGAGUGGAGAGUGAUUGGAGGGGCCGAUUGGAGAGUGAUUGGAGGGGCCGAUUGGAGAGUGAUUGGAGGGGCCGAGUGGAGAGUGAUUGGAGGGGCCGAGUGGAGAGUGAUUGGAGGGGCCGAUUGGAGAGUGAUUGGAGGGGCCGAGUGGAGAGUGAUUGGAGGGGCCGAUUGGAGAUGGAGAGUGAUUGGAGGGGCCGAUUGGAGAGUGAUUGGAGGGGCCGAGUGGAGAGUGAUUGGAGGGGCCGAUUGGAGAGUGAUUGGAGGGGCCGAUUGGAGAGUGAUUGGAGGGGCCGAGUGGAGAGUGAUUGGAGGGGCCGAGUGGAGAGUGAUUGGAGGGGCCGAGUGGAGAGUGAUUGGAGGGGCCGAUUGGAGAGUGAUUGGAGGGGCCGAUUGGAGAGUGAUUGGAGGGGCCGAGUGGAGAGUGAUUGGAGGGGCCGAUUGGAGAGUGAUUGGAGGGGCCGAGUGGAGAGUGAUUGGAGGGGCCGAGUGGAGAGUGAUUGGAGGGGCCGAGUGGAGAGUGAUUGGAGGGGCCGAUUGGAGAGUGAUUGGAGGGGCCGAGUGGAGAGUGAUUGGAGGGGCCGAGUGGAGAGUGAUUGGAGGGGCCGAGUGGAGAGUGAUUGGAGGGGCCGAGUGGAGAGUGAUUGGAGGGGCCGAUUGGAGAGUGACUGGAGGGGCCGAUUGGAGAGUGAUUGGAGGGGCCGAUUGGAGAGUGAUUGGAGGGGCCGAGUGGAGAGUGAUUGGAGGGGCCGAGUGGAGAGUGAUUGGAGGGGCCGAUUGGAGAGUGAUUGGAGGGGCCGAGUGGAGAGUGAUUGGAGGGGCCGAUUGGAGAGUGAUUGGAGGGGCCGAGUGGAGAGUGAUUGGAGGGGCCGAUUGGAGAGUGAUUGGAGGGGCCGAUUGGCGAGUGAUUGGAGGGGCCGAGUGGAGAGUGAUUGGAGGGGCCGAGUGGAGAGUGAUUGGAGGGGCCGAUUGGAGAGUGAUUGGAGGGGCCGAGUGGAGAAGUGAUUGGAGGGGCCGAGUGGAGAGUGAUUGGAGGGGCCGAGUGGAAGUGAUUGGAGGGGCCGAUUGGAGAGUGAUUGGAGGGGCCGAUUGGAGAGUGAUUGGAGGGGCCGAUUGGAGAGUGAUUGGAGGGGCCGAGUGGAGAGUGAUUGGAGGGGCCGAUUGGAGAGUGAUUGGAGGGGCCGAUUGGAGAGUGAUUGGAGGGGCCGAGUGGAGAGUGAUUGGAGGGGCCGAUUGGAGAGUGAUUGGAGGGGCCGAUUGGAGAGUGAUUGGAGGGGCCGAGUGGAGAGUGAUUGGAGGGGCCGAUUGGAGAGUGAUUGGAGGGGCCGAGUGGAGAGUGAUUGGAGGGGCCGAGUGGAGAGUGAUUGGAGGGGCCGAGUGGAGAGUGAUUGGAGGGGCCGAUUGGAGAGUGAUUGGAGGGGCCGAGUGGAGAGUGAUUGGAGGGGCCGAGUGGAGAGUGAUUGGAGGGGCCGAGUGGAGAGUGAUUGGAGGGGCCGAGUGGAGAGUGAUUGGAGGGGCCGAUUGGAGAGUGACUGGAGGGGCCGAUUGGAGAGUGAUUGGAGGGGCCGAUUGGAGAGUGAUUGGAGGGGCCGAGUGGAGAGUGAUUGGAGGGGCCGAGUGGAGAGUGAUUGGAGGGGCCGAUUGGAGAGUGAUUGGAGGGGCCGAGUGGAGAGUGAUUGGAGGGGCCGAUUGGAGAGUGAUUGGAGGGGCCGAGUGGAGAGUGAUUGGAGGGGCCGAUUGGAGAGUGAUUGGAGGGGCCGAGUGGAGAGUGAUUGGAGGGGCCGAUUGGAGAGUGAUUGGAGGGGCCGAUUGGAGAGUGAUUGGAGGGGCCGAGUGGAGAGUGAUUGGAGGGGCCGAGUGGAGAGUGAUUGGAGGGGCCGAUUGGAGAGUGAUUGGAGGGGCCGAGUGGAGAGUGAUUGGAGGGGCCGAUUGGAGAGUGAUUGGAGGGGCCGAUUGGAGAGUGAUUGGAGGGGCCGAUUGGAGAGUGUUUGGAGGGGCCGAGUGGAGAGUGAUUGGAGGGGCCGAGUGGAGAGUGAUUGGAGGGGCCGAUUGGAGAGUGAUUGGAGGGGCCGAUUGGAGAGUGAUUGCAGGGGCCGAGUGGAGAGUGAUUGGAGGGGCCGAUUGGAGAGUGAUUGGAGGGGCCGAGUGGAGAGUGAUUGGAGGGGCCGAUUGGAGAGUGAUUGGAGGGGCCGAGUGGAGAGUGAUUGGAGGGGCCGAGUGGAGAGUGAUUGGAGGGGCCGAGUGGAGAGUGAUUGGAGGGGCCGAGUGGAGAGUGAUUGGAGGGGCCGAUUGGAGAGUGACUGGAGGGGCCGAUUGGAGAGUGAUUGGAGGGGCCGAGUGGAGAGUGAUUGGAGGGGCCGAGUGGAGAGUGAUUGGAGGGGCCGAUUGGAGAGUGAUUGGAGGGGCCGAGUGGAGAGUGAUUGGAGGGGCCGAUUGGAGAGUGAUUGGAGGGGCCGAGUGGAGAGUGAUUGGAGGGGCCGAUUGGAGAGUGAUUGAAGGGGCCGAUUGGAGAGUGAUUGGAGGGGCCGAGUGGAGAGUGAUUGGAGGGGCCGAGUGGAGAGAGAUUGGAGGGGCCGAUUGGAGAGUGAUUGGAGGGGCCGAGUGGAGAGUGAUUGGAGGGGCCGAUUGGAGAGUGAUUGGAGGGGCCGAUUGGAGAGUGAUUGGAGGGGCCGAGUGGAAGGGCCGAUUGGAGAGUGAUUGGAGGGGCCGAGUGGAGAGUGAUUGGAGGGGCCGAUUGGAGAGUGAUUGGAGGGGCCGAUUGGAGAGUGAUUGGAGGGGCCGAGUGGAGAGUGAUUGGAGGGGCCGAGUGGAGAGUGAUUGGAGGGGCCGAUUGGAGAGUGAUUGGAGGGGCCGAGUGGAGAGUGAUUGGAGGGGCCGAUUGGAGAGUGAUUGGAGGGGCCGAUUGGAGAGUGAUUGGAGGGGCCGAUUGGAGAGUGAUUGGAGGGGCCGAGUGGAGAGUGAUUGGAGGGGCCGAGUGGAGAGUGAUUGGAGGGGCCGAUUGGAGAGUGAUUGGAGGGGCCGAUUGGAGAGUGAUUGCAGGGGCCGAGUGGAGAGUGAUUGGAGGGGCCGAUUGGAGAGUGAUUGGAGGGGCCGAGUGGAGAGUGAUUGGAGGGGCCGAUUGGAGAGCGAUUGGAGGGGCCGAGUGGAGAGUGAUUGGAGGGGCCGAGUGGAGAGUGAUUGGAGGGGCCGAGUGGAGAGUGAUUGGAGGGGCCGAGUGGAGAGUGAUUGGAGGGGCCGAUUGGAGAGUGACUGGAGGGGCCGAUUGGAGAGUGAUUGGAGGGGCCGAUUGGAGAGUGAUUGGAGGGGCCGAGUGGAGAGUGAUUGGAGGGGCCGAGUGGAGAGUGAUUGGAGGGGCCGAGUGGAGAGUGAUUGGAGGGGCCGAUUGGAGAGUGAUUGGAGGGGCCGAGUGGAGAGUGAUUGGAGGGGCCGAGUGGAGAGUGAUUGGAGGGGCCGAUUGGAGAGUGAUUGGAGGGGCCGAGUGGAGAGUGAUUGGAGGGGCCGAUUGGAGAGUGAUUGGAGGGGCCGAUUGGAGAGUGAUUGGAGGGGCCGAGUGGAGAGUGAUUGGAGGGGCCGAGUGGAGAGUGAUUGGAGGGGCCGAUUGGAGAAUGAUUGGAGGGGCCGAGUGGAGAGUGAUUGGAGGGGCCGAUUGGAGAGUGAUUGGAGGGGCCGAUUGGAGAGUGAUUGGAGGGGCCGAGUGGAAGUGAUUGGAGGGGCCGAUUGGAGAGUGAUUGGAGGGGCCGAUUGGAGAGUGAUUGGAGGGGCCGAGUGGAGAGUGAUUGGAGGGGCCGAGUGGAGAGUGAUUGGAGGGGCCGAGUGGAGAGUGAUUGGAGGGGCCGAUUCUAGAGUGAUUGGAGGGGCCGAGUGGAGAGUGAUUGGAGGGGCCGAUUGGAGAGUGAUUGGAGGGGCCGAGUGGAGAGUGAUUGGAGGGGCCGAUUGGAGAGUGAUUGGAGGGGCCGAUUGGAGAGUGAUUGGAGGGGCCGAGUGGAGAGUGAUUGGAGGGGCCGAUUGGAGAGUGAUUGGAGGGGCCGAUCGGAGAGUGAUUGGAGGGGCCGAUUGGAGAGUGAUUGGAGGGGCCGAUUGGAGAGUGAUUGGAGGGGCCGAUUGGAGAGUGAUUGGAGGGGCCGAUUGGAGAGUGAUUGGAGGGGCCGAUUGGAGAGUGAUUGAGCAAUCCGACAAGCACACCAUCUAG